GGAGGGCGGCCGGCGGGCAGCGGCCCCGGCCCCGCCGCGCGCACCGCCAUGGUGGGCCGGCUGAGCCUGCAGGAUGUGCCCGAGCUCGUGGACACGAAGAAGAAGGGCGACGGCGUCCUGGACAGUCCGGACUCGGGGCUGCCCCCCAGCCCCAGCCCCAGCCACUGGGCGCUCGCGGCGGCCGGGGGCGGCGGCGGGGAGCGCACGCCGGCCCCGGGGGCGCUGGAGCCAGACGCAGCGGCCACUCGCGCGACUCCGAAUCCAGCUUCUCUCCCCAAUCCCCUGGGCUCCGGAUACUCACCAAGGUUAUGCCCCCUGUCCUUUGGCGAAGGAGUGGAGCUUGACCCCUUACCACCAACAGAAGUAAGGUACACGUCCUCGGUCAGGUACGACUCGGAGCGGCACUUCAUUGACGACGUCCAGCUGCCCCUGAGCCUGGCGGUGGCCUCCUGCAGCCAGACCAUCACCUGCAUUCCCAGUUGCACGUGGCGCAACUACAAGGCGGAGGUGCGCUUCGAGCCCCGCCACAAACCCACCCGCUUCCUCAGCACCACCAUCGUCUACCCCAAGUACCCCAAGACCGUCUACACCACCACCCUGGAUUACAACUGCCGCAAGACACUGAGGAGGUUCCUGUCCAGCGUGGAGCUCGAAGCCACAGAGUUCGCGGGCGGUGAUUACCUGUUGGAGGAGAACUGACUGGGGCGGGCUCCAGGAGGGCCGGCCCCGCUUUCCCUGGCAGGUCUGGUUGGGCCAGGCUGCCCUCGCGUGGCCUUCUAGCCCCAGAACAGUCUAACCCAGAGAUACCUCUAAGCCCAGUCUGGGGAAGAAAAGAAAAUGUCACAAUAGCUUCUAAUUAUCCAGUGAAUUCGGUUUUUACAGUUUUUUUUUUCCAACUGUGUUUAAAGGGAGUGUAUUUCCUAGUUUGCUGCUACAUAGCUUCCCCGAAGUCUCAAUUUGAUGAGAAAAUCAAAGAAUGGCUUAGAGCGAAAGGAAAAUGCCCCACACUUUGAAAUAGGGAGGAGGGGGAGUGCUUCCUCCAUUGGUCCGUUUGUUUGAGGAAGAGCAUGGAAAAAUCUCCCUGAGAUGGAAAAAGUGAGUUUGAAGAAAUUUCAGCCCCGGGUGUCUUCACUGAUACAAAAGUGGUGCUAAUUCAGUGAGCUGUGACACCCACAUGGGUUCAAUCUGUGGAGAGUUGCGUUCCAUUCUGUUUAUUUUUUUUUAUUUCUAUUUGUAUUUCCUGUUAACUAAAACUCUUUGGAAUUCUCUAAAUCUUUUUUGUGAUAUGGAAGAAAAACCCAAAACCACAAUAUAAGAUGCCUUUCAAAAAAGAAAGAAAGAAGGAAAGAAAAGGUUCAUCCUAUUCUUGCCUCUACAAGUGGGGUCAGGUCAACUGGUGGCUGAGUUUGGGGGCAACAGGUUGGUUCCAGUUCCUUCCACUGUGGGUUCCAAGCUUGGUUCCAAGCAAAGUGCCUUGAACCUAUGGCAUCUGACAGUGUCUUCUCUGGGGCUUCCCUGGUGGUUCAGUGGUAAAGAAUCCACCUGCCAAUGUAGAAGACUCAGGUUUGAUCCCUGGGUCAGGAAGACCCUUGGAGAAGGAAAUGGCAACCUACUCCACAAUUCUUGCCUGGGAAAUCCCAUGGACAGAGGACUGAUGGGCUGUAGUCCGUGGGGUCACAAAAGAGUCGGACGUGACUUAGCAGCUAAACAACAAUGAUGUCUUCACAAGCUUGUUUAACUCUUCCUGAUAUGUGUUUUGGGAUUUCCAAAUACUUUCCUAAUUUUUUCACAAGGCAAAACAGCAGAGGCCCCUUUGGAGAGAAAUGGCAUUUUGAGAGAAUGCUUAGGGAAAACACUUUUGGGGGAGUCCACGAGGGGGACUUUACUCACAGUGGGAGCCAACAGCCUAAGACUUGAUCCCCCUGGGAGGAGGUGGACAUAGAUGUUUCUAAUGAUCUGGUUCAUCAGGGUGCGUGUCCUUUCCAGCGACCUUGGGUCUGUAUUGCAGAGGAAUUUUGCUGAUGCCUGAGCUCUGAGCGAAAAAGCAAGGAAAUCUGCCCCCCUGCCCCCAGCCCAAGUGAAGUAAAGGUGAACUGAGCAUCGGGAGUGAUGUUACAAGUCAAACUCCAAAGCCCGGGAGCCGUGAUGACUGUACACGUUCAAACGUUCCUUUUAAUGUGACAGUCAUGGCAUUGAGUGUGAAUGGAAGAAACUGUGAAUUUAGCUGAUGGGGCCCCACAGAAGUAGGGACACAGGCUGGGCCAGACCAGGAGGGCGCGGAGGCCAGGCUGCCUCUGGCCUUCAGCCUCUUGCCUGCCCUGCUUCACACCCCACCCCGCCCUGCCUCACCUGUCCCUGACUUCUUCCUGCUGCCGUUCCCUGUGGAUUUUGAGUAAAGACGGUGGCAGAUGGCUUUUGCUCAUCUGAUAUUGGAGAGAACAAAAGCGUGGGUAUUUCCUUUGCAUCCAGACGAUGUCAGGUGCUUGCAGAGUCCUGGAAGCCCGCACUCCCGCUGUAUCUCCGGGUUUGUGCUGAUGGCUUCCAUCUGUCCUGAAAGCGGAAUUGAGGGCUCGGUGGGUACCCUGGAGCCACAGGGAGACUUCUGUUCAGAGGAGAGCAGGUGUGACGAUAAUCACUGUCAUUUGAAGUUAUCAGAGGCCUAGAGGGCUAAAUGGUCUGCAGUCUUUCUCAAAUUUGAUAGCAGUAUGUCCAUUGUGCGCCUGAUUAGAAGCAUCCCUUCCGUGGAGCGUACAGUCAGCUCCAUGGUCCCAAGUUUGCCAGCAUGAAGUUCAGCAGGGGUCCCUUGGGGGGCACCUCAGGACCCCAUAGUCUCCUGUCAUCAUGCAGAGCAGCAAAUGCCUCCUGCUUUUGGAAGAGUGACGCAGCAUUUAUGGAUAAAAAUGGGUUUUUCUCUCUGAUUUCAUAAGCCUGUCAUUUAAGACAAGUGAUAAAUGUAAGUUUUAAACUAUGGUAAGAGAAUUCCGAUGGCUUCCUUGGUGGCUCAGUGGUAAAGAAUCUGCCUGCCAGUGUAGGAGAUGUGGGUUCAGCCUGGGUCAGGAAGAUCCCUUGGAGAAGGAAAUGGCAACCCACUCCAGUAUUCUUGCCUGGGAAAUCCCACUGACAAAGGAGCCUGGCAGGGUACAGUUGCAAAAGAACCUGACAUGAGUUAGCAACUAAAACAACGAGAAAGAAAAUCCCAAAGGUUUUGCUCUGGCCCAAUGGAGACACAUGACGAGCUCAGGAUAAUGUCGUGGGCAGCAUGACUGGAAAGACCAGUGGGAGGGAACAUCGUCUUUGAACUCGGCCCUGUGUUGAGAUGCACAUGUGAGAUUUUUUGAUAUGAAAUAUGUCAGUAAAGUAAGUAGAAGUGAGUGCCUGUGGAUGUGUCAUGUGAAUGGAAAAGCAGAUUUUGAUUUUGUUAUCCACCAGGGACCCAACUGCAAUUUUCUCGAAUCCUUUCUUUUUCUCCAAAUCUGCUUUGCUGAAAGUUGCAGAAAAGGAAGGAGGUGAAGAUGUAGAUUGAAUGUCGUCGAUCAGUGGUGGAUUCAUAUUAGUUCUCAAGGUGGAAGCAAUGAUUUUUAAAACCCACUGAUUAAAAACAAACAUUCCAAAGGGUGUCUGGGAAAUACCGUUUACUUAUGAGUUAAAAAGUCUCUUUUCUCAGACUUUUAAAUUUAAUCUUUUGUGUAAUAAGGAUUUAUAUAUUCAGAGAAAGGUUUUCUUUUGAAAUCACAGGCAUUUGAAAAAGAUUAAGUACCUCUUCAUUUGAUACGUUUCUUGUUUCUAACCUUAGGAAUAGUAUUUGAUGAAAACGACAUUUUAAAUUUAUGUUUGACAUCUGUCCCCCUCCAUUUUGCUUUAUGACUUCUUCAUUUAAUAAUAAAUUAUCUUUUAAAAAACUCA